ACCUUUGCUUUCGUUUGGCUUCCAUCUGUUUUAUUGCUUGCUGCCGGGUUGCACUCUUUUGCUCUGCUCAAUAAGCUUUAUUAUAUUUCUUGCUUGCUCUGAUGUCUGAGCUAUCGCUGCUGCCCCCUUUGCCCCCCUCUAUGCCCCAGACUCCCACCGCGGAAGUCCCAUCGCAGCUUGCCAGCCCCUCCGGAAGUCCGCACGGCUAUCCCACUCGUACAGUUGCUAUCAUCAAGAACCAUGCUUUGGAACACCGGCUUGAUAUCGAGCCUCGUAUACUCGAGGCCAGCUUCGAGAUCGUGAAGGAAAGGCAGAUGGAGUUCGAUAUGGAAACGGACCCGGAAGCUCUCUAUGAGCUGUUCGGGGAAGACGCCAGAUCCUUUGCUGAAGGUCCCGUCUGGGUGUACGUCCUGGAGCGCCGGAGGGCCGUCGAAGUCUGGAAGACCCUCAUGGGCCCCGCAGACCCCGCGGAAGCAAAGGCGACCGCGCCCAACUCCCUCCGCGCCCUCUACGGUCUGUCGCUCGAGCAGAACGGAUUCAUGGGCUCGCCCGAUCUCGAGACUGCCGAGAUUCAGAUCGCGUCGCUCUUCGCGUCCUCCCCGCCGUUCCCUUCUACCGAGCUCCCGGACGACUUGGCUUCGCCAUCCAGUCAGUUUGCCUCUGGUUCGGUGCGGUCGAUGUCCUCCUCUGUUAUGUCGGCACUGCGCAAGUCUACCUCCGAAAAUGGUAGCGGCAAGACAGGCUUCAAGGCACGCGCCAUCCCAGCGACCGUCCUCGCCCCGUCUAUCCAGCCCCGCCAAAGUCGCGCGGCACUCCUGCGGGCAGGCGUUCAAGUCGACAAGGUACAGGUCGGCAAGCGCGCCCCGUUGACGAAGGAGCAGUUAGCCAAGACAUUCGCCGACGUUCCCGGCCACAAGUUCCGCUCAGGUUCGAUCACGGUUGCCUCGACCGCUCCCCCUACGAUUGCUCCUCGCAUGACUCGUGCUGCGUCCCUCAGGAUAGGUAAGGGCGGUGUGGAUGCUACCCCAAAGCCCAUCAAGACCCGCUCGGUCUCUAACGAGGAGACGGGUAAGGUCGCUGCUGAGAAGAAAGCCGGCUUCGAGGGCGUCCCUGGGCACAAGCGCAGGGAGACUAUCACCGUCGCCAGCGUGAAGGCGCCGACCGUCCCCCCCAGGAUGAACAGGAGUGCCGCGCUACGCGCGAUGAAAGACUCUGCUCCUCCUUCUUCCUUCAAUCUCCGGACCUCCUUUGAUCAGGCGCCACCGUCGCGGAGCUCCUCACGCCAGUCGAUGAGCGGACCCAGACCGUCCUUGUCUCGCCCGCCUUCCCAAGCCAAAGUUACGCCGCCUGCCGCGCCACGACCCAGCGUAUCUCGCACAACAUCCCGCGCCAGCAUCUCCCGCUCCGUCUCCAAGGACGACAUAUCUACCCCAGCAAAAUCCACCGCCAGCUCGACCGCGAAUGAAGAGAAGCCCAAGCCCAAACCGCGGCCGAGCAGUCUCCAAGGCCCGGUGCUCGCCCCGCGCACGAAUAAGAGCGCUCUCUUGCGCGCUGCGAAGAUGGCGAAGGAGGCCGCGGAGAAGGCCGCGGCGCCUGUUAAAGGCAUGAAGUCCAAGCCCGCGAAGGCGGUUGCGGCGUAGUCAUCCUCUUAAGCUGAAUAUUCAUGCCCGAAUGCCUCUUCCACGACAAUACCCUGCGCGCAUCCGUCCCGAAGAUAUCAACGGAUAUCAUAUACGCAUCUCAGACAUAUGCUUGAUUUCACUCAUGCACAGAUCCUACCUUCGAAGGGUUCUAUUUCGAUUACCAAAAGUUAUGCUUGUUUCUGGGUUUUGGUUCCUAUUUAUCGUUUUCGAUGUUUAGCCCCUUCUUGUUUAUGAGGUCGAUGUUGUAUAAUGAACAAUCUAUAGGCGAUGAUGCUAUUGCAUCGAUUGCGAAGGUCCU